AUGGCGGACGACCUGGAGCGGCUGCUGGACGAGGUGGAGCGGCGGCUCUGCCGCCUGCCGGCGCGGGCGGCGGGCGGCGGCGGGGAGGACGACGGCGAGGAGGAGAAGGGAGCGGCGAAGGCCAGAUCAACUAAGUUAUUAAUGAGCGCUGGCAGCAGUGAAGAAAAUAUAGAUGACAUUUUUGACGAAAUCUGUAAUGACAACAGUUUCAUCAAAACACCUCUGAAAUCGAGGUCUAACUCUGCAGAUAUCACACCUCACAACAAUAGUCUUGUUAUGCAGGCUCAUGGGAAAAGGUGUUGUCCAGUAUAUCUGGGUGGAAGCUCUUCACCAUAUGGUAUAGGAACAAAUAUUUCAAAAAGAACAUGUGAUCAGCUACGUUGUACUGCUUGUGACUUCCGUGUGUCACUUUACAAUGACUACAUAUGGGACCAAUCCUGUGAUUAUCUUUUUUUCAGGAAUAACAUGCCUGAACUCAGUAAACUAAGGGCGAAGAUGAUAAAGAAGAAAGGAUCACGGGCAUAUGCUUGUCAGUGCAGCUGGAGAUCCAUUGAUGAAUUAACUGACCUCCAAACAGACCAGCAGCUUCGAUGGGUUUGUGGUAAACAUGCAGAAUGAAGUCCUCUUGUGUAUUGUAGUAUUUUAAUGUAAAAACAGGUCACAAGCUCAAUUUGUUUCCCAUGCAGUUUUCUGAGAAUGAAAGGGAACCCAAAUAUUUAUAUCUAGAAAUAGAUUAUGACACCCAGAGUUCAAACUGAAAACUUUUUUCACUUCAACUGUCUUGCAGACCAUAUGGGGAGUUGAAUUGUUAGAAGAAACAAAGAAUCUGAAGGCUUUUUCUGAGACUAAAUGAGCUUAAACUCAUUUUCAGUGGUGUUAAGGAAAGGAAGUUAACAGACUUAGGUAUAGGGCAAAGAAUUGAAGAGUGUCAGCACUUUGGCUGUGUUCCUCAUCCAGAAGAGUACUUUAUUUCCCACAUCUGCAAAAUCUGGGACUCAAAGAAAAUGAUGGGCUGAGAUGAAGCCAUAACACAAGCAUAUGAAUUUCUAUAUGGAAAUUAAUAUUACUGUUUCACUUUUCCCAUGGCUGUCAACAAUCAUUGAUCUCCUAAAAGAUUACUGCAAGAUCAGCUCUCACCACAAAGGUUUUAGCACACCCCAGAACUUUACUUUCUGUUGCCCACCAGUAGCUAAAAACUGCAGGUGUUGGAAAUUUCACUCCUAUUUCCUACUAUCCUCCAUGUGUUUCUUUCUUUUUUGCCAAGCAAGGACUUUGUGUUGAAGUUCCUUGGACCUUUAUCACAGGAACCUUUUUGGACUUCUCUUCAGCCUUCACUGCAAGAGGUGAACAGGUUAUUGAAUAAUACUUUGCAGUUUAUAAGGUAUUCCGAGGAAUAUUUGGUUCUGUUCAAUAUUUUCAAGGAAAAAAAAAGCUCAGACUUUAAGAGUGAGAAAAAUAUAUCCCCACUGACUUUCAUAUUUCAUUUUUUUUUCAGUUUGCAUAGUUUCACUUCAGAAUACUACAUAUUCAGAAGGGAUAUCUGCCCUGUUUCAACAUACAGUCCUCCCCCAGUAACAUCAUAAUAUCAUGUUAAUUGGUGAAUUGCUUUGGUUACAGUUAAUGUCACUGUAGUUUAUAAGCUUAUUUGUUUUUGCUACUUAUAAAUAAGGCUGGAGUUGGCUUUGUUUUUUUUUUUUUUUUCGGGGAAAAGGAAAGGGUUACCAGUCCUGGAAAUUGUUACAUUAAAUAAUAUCUGAAGUUCCAAGGAGAGACAGUGGAUGAGGUGUAUAUGCCAUAUGUGAUACCGUGCAGAUAAAUUCAAAAUGACUUGCUUUGUGCAAUUCCAGUUAUACAGAGCCAUUUUUGUUUUUAUGAAAUUUUGUUCACUGCCCUAAUCUGUACAUGAUCAAUCUGUUCUUUUUCUGAGCUUCUGAGCCUUUCCAAGGCAAUUACAUGGUCUUUCUUAUAGAAGUCAUCUAUUGAAUCAGCAGCCUUGUCUGUACUGCUCUGAAGGAGCAGGUCCUGGUAACGGCCAGAGGCAUAAUGUACUCUGCAUCCCAUCUAUCUUCCACCUGGGUGAGUAUUUGUGCAGAGCCUGUGGAGGACCUGCAGCAUGUCAGAGAGGCCUGGCAGUGUGCCUGUACACAACUUACCAGUGCUUUAGAUUUCACGUUUCAGGGCUGUGCUAGUGGACACAGAGAGGUGCCUAAAACAUGGUAGCUGGCUUUGGAGAAGAACUUCAGUUUCCCCUGCCAUAAUGAUAUAGACAUAUUUAGUGUGAUUUGUUGUUUCCAGGGCAAUUGUUGUUUCAGGCUGAAGUUCCAGCUGCUCGAGUCUAAUACUGCAGGUUCAGGAGACAGGGAGACCUGCUGAUUAGAGCUCAGUCAGCUACUGGAAAAGGUCAGCUUACUUUCAGCCCUUUACAAAAAGAUACCUAAGUGUGGACUGUAAGCAGUAAAUGUUCCUGGGUUCCUGUUCUUCAGGUGAGGCUGAGUGAUUUUCAUUCCCAAAGAACUUCAAAGCUGAUGAUAAGGGAAAGAACACAACAGUAGUAUGUAAUUUGAUGACAAGCACUGCAGAAGAAGAAGCUUACUUUCCAUUCUCCAUCUUGAAGAAAAAUAAAUUCAGUUACAGCUUUGGCUCAGCUCUUCCAAGGUCAUUGGAGAUUGUGAUAAUCAAGUAGCCCUUGGGAUGCAUUUUUGGCCUGGAUUUCCGCUGGAACUUGUGCCAUAAUGCAGGAAACAAGUUAGGCUUGCAGCUUGUGAGCAAGAAAAAGGGAGAAUGUGAACAUUCAUCUCUGUUCAUAACACCAAGUCCUAUGAAGUUGUCAGAUGUCAUGUCACUUGGCAAAGGAGCAUGUCUCCUGUACCCUGUUUGCAGCAGACAUCCCCCUCUGGACCAGUUUACACUGCCAAGUGUGUGAAGGAAAAUAUGUGGAAACAAAAGGUCAAAACAUCUAUUCUGGUGAUUUGAUGACAAGAAGACAGAAAGCUUGCAACAGUUGAAAAUGGAGGCUAGGGAAGAAUUGAGACAUGAAGUGUCAAAGGAAUUGAGACAAAUACCUAUUGAUAGUACAAAUCAGCAAUUCUCAGAGGUCACCUCAUCCCUCAGUCUUCUGUAGGUCUAGAGAAGUGUAGAAACAGUAUUAUUUCUAGAUAGAGAUUGUUAUCAGCUGAUUAUAUCACUAGCACCCUUAAGACUGCACUUCAAGCAAUGAAUAUUUAGAAGAUGGUCUCUUUUGUAGAUGAUGUGGAAACCUGAGCAUUUCCCUAAGAUCAUCAUGUUUGUUCAAGUAGUUACUUGUUUCUGACAUUGAUCAGAGUGGUGGGUUAUGAUAGCUCCUUGUCUAAGUGUAAAGAUCUAAAGAUGUGUAGAAAUAGUACUUAUUGUAUUGUCUUUCAUUACAGAAUUUAGCAUAUUUCUAGAUCUGAGAAUAGUUACUGUAUCAUUAAAAGUAAUUACCCUGUGGGAAAGACGGGUGGUAUUAAGAAUUAGAUUCUCCUCCUUGUAUUUUCUUCAGUGUUAACAUGUUAAAAACCACUGCAAAGUCCUCAAAUGAAAAGAAUGUCAAAAAAGCAAAAAUUGGAGCUUGAAUGUUCAUUUGAUGAAGAUAUUACAAUAUUGCACAUGGAUUGUACAUAUAGCCUAGUCCAUAACUGAUACUUCCUUGUUAGUUAUCUGAGAAAGCAGGGGUUAUAUAAAGAAUUUUGUAGAAGAAUGUCAUUCAGCUGUUGUCAAACAGAAGUACUGCAGAACAGUUUUGCUAACUAUAAACGUGACCUUUGUUUUCUUCUAGUAUUUGCUCUGGAAGAAAUAAUAUCAUUUCUGCCUGUUGAAUGGGCACUAUGAAAAUUUAAGAUUUCCAUUUUGCUUGAGUCAUUUGCUUGAAAAUGCGUGCACCAUUACUAUUUAGCAGAUCCCUCAACAAAACAGAGACAAAAGUAUGACAAAGUAAGUCCACACAAAAGCAUUUUCUUGGAAAUGUAAUCAGUGAUCUAAAGCCACACCAACAUCUUGUCUUCUAAAACAGUCUUCUGCAAUACUUCUGGAUAGGAAUCAAAUUCUGAUGUAUGCAAUACAUUUUAAUAGCUUUUACUUAUCAAAUUCUAAUGUGCUGUUCUAACAGAGUAUCUUACUUGUUUCUCCUGCAAAAUAUGUCCAAUUCAGAAUGUGUAUAUAGCUCAGGAAACUUAAUUAUUAAGGAUAUUGACUUGCUGUAAAACUUUACUUACAGGCACAGAAUAGUAUUACAUAUUGCAAGCUCUGUAAUGUGUAAAACUGAAUAAAGAUUUUUUUCUGAACACUCA